AUAGCCAACUUACAAGGUAGUCGAGCUCAGAUGAGAGGCAUAGCGACUCACACCCAGGCAAUAUCUGCUCAAUCUUCUGUUGCUGUUGGUAUGAAAGGUGCAAGCAAAGCUAUGGCAGCCAUGAAUAAGCAAAUGGCACCUGCAAAGCAGGCAAAGGUGAUUCAAGAAUUUCAGAAACAAUCUGCACAAAUGGAUAUGACAACGGAAAUGAUGUCAGACGCCAUAGAUGAUGCUUUGGAUAAUGAUGAAGCUGAGGACGAAACUGAAGAGUUAACAAACCAGGUGCUGGAUGAAAUUGGCGUGGAUAUUGCCUCCCAGUUGUCAACCGCUCCCAAAGGAAAAAUUGCUGGGAAGAACACUGAGGAUGUUGGAAGUUCGGGCGUUGACGAACUGGAGAAGAGGUUGGCUGCCCUCAGAAAUCCUUGAGCUGCAUGCAAUCUGAAUUGUCAAUAUUGUCCUUUCUGAGUCGACUAUUGCUGCUUCUCCAUGCUGAUUGAAUUUCCCAAAGAUGUGCAUAGUUCCAUUAACACACUCGGUCGGUCAUCCACCUCGUAUUGUUCCUUCCUUUUUCUUUUCAGAUGUAUUUGGAAGAUCGUAUUGUGAUCGACAUGCGAAUCUAUCAAGUUCUUAUUAACCUUCAAUGCUUAUGUUUCUGCUCAUUCACGGUUAUCUGUUCGUAGGAAAAUUGGAACACAGCUCUUGAUGUGCCGUUUAACACCAUUUUUGUGCAUUUUCAAUUGCAACAACUUUUCGGGAGUUUUACUUUUCAGAA